UCUUAUCAUGAUCCCCCAGUCAACUACCAACAUCACGUUUUCAUUAUAAAUCUCAACUAGAAACAAAUUUCAAUUCCUUGUCCUUAUGGGAGCCCACCAUCUAGCUUAAAGAGUUCCUCACAAACAUAUAACCUCACGUUUCCCUUUUUUGAGUCUCCACUCUCCUCUCCCCUCUCCCCCCCAAAAUUCUCUCUCUCUCUCUCUAUUUUGUUAUGUGCGGGGAGCCGCUCUCCCAGUAUUCUCGGUGGGCGGCUUUCAAAACCCUAACCCUAAUCGUAAUAUCGGGGAUCCAGAUUAUCUCUGGCUUCCAGGCGCAGGUACCUCCAUCUUCUCUGUUUCUGUUCGAAAUCCUAGAUUUGGACCUUUGAAGAAUGAAGGACUGAGUCUUGUUGAUCGGAUUUGAGUGGAUUUGAACGCAAAAGUCCGUUGGGUUUUAUCCCAAGCCGGGUUUUUUUUAUCGAUUUCUAAGCUGUUGAAUUCGGAAAGUUUGCGCCUUUAUGGGUUUGGUGUUCGGAAGGGCAACCCUGGCUUCGGUUCGCCCGGAAAGAGGAGAAGAAGGGAAUUCUGCGUGGUAGAGUGGGAUUCCGUGUUCUGGGUGUCUUUGGCUGCUGGAAAUAUCUGGACUUGAAGGCUUUUCAAUUGAUUUUAUGCCCAAAAUCCGAUUUUGGGCUCUCAGGAACUCCUUAGAGGAAGAAAAGCUGUGAUUUUUAGAGUAUUUUAUUUGGUUCAAAGUUCCUUUUUUUUUUUGUUAUUUUUACGAUGGAGGCUGUGAUUCCUGAGUACUCGCUAUUCCCCUCCUUCUUCGCAAUGUUCUGUCUCAUAUAUCUUAUCGGAUACUUCGUAAUUUUCCGCAACUGGGGUCCGAAGCACCGCCCGGAUGCAUCGAGUUGCUUCAUCUCCUUGUGUCAUGGAACACCGGCCGUCUUCUUGGCUCUCUCUGCAAUUCUAUCACAACCAAUUCGAGGAUUUGCCUCUCCCAAUACCAAUUUCCAGAACCUGGUUCUUGACUUCAGCAUUGCCUACUUCACAAGUGAUCUGCUCCACUACCUAAUUUUUGUCCCAGGAGAUUAUCUCUUCAUUGCCCACCACCUCGCAACGCUCUUCGUGUUGGUCACCUGUCGCUGCCUUGUUCUUCAUGGUGCUUUUGCAGUACUAGUCCUCCUGGUGUUUGCAGAGGUUACCAGCUUUUGCCAGAAUGUGUGGGCGCUAGCCGGACUCCGGAAAGCAGAAUUGCCCUCUGCUGCAAGAAUGCAUAUGUUCUUGUCUCCUCCUUUCUAUGCUUUGUAUACUGUCGCGAGGGGACUCGUCGGGCCGGUGUUCUUCUACAAGAUGAGUGCUUUCUAUAUGAGCGGGAAGGCCGGUGAUGUGAUUCCAAUGUGGGCUUCUGUCUCAUGGAUUGUUGUGGUCGGUGUGGCAAUUGCAGUCAGUAUCCUGUGGAUUUCAAAUCUUUGGAUGAAGCUGUUCAGAGAGAUGAGUCAGAAGGAAGAGAAGAAAGGAAGGUAAGUCGCCGGCUGGAGAACUGAUACGGGUAACAUUGGAUGAUCAGUGGCUUGGCCGAUUUGCUGUAUCUAGUUCCAACACGUCAACCCAAAGUCAUGAUUCAAUGCAGUUCUUCAUCAGCAAAACUUGUGCUGAGCUGAAGGUAUUUAAAAGUCAAUUGGGCAUUGGAAAGUAGAAGAUGUGGUAUGGUAGUUGUUAAAUUACAUAGUUUUCUAAUUCAUCUUCUUAACCAUGAUUUAUAUUCCAAGUCUAGUACUUCUUGCUCCCUCUGGUUUGCCAUAUUGCAAUUUGUUUUAUUGGAUGUAAUAAUUUGAAAUUAUUUUGUGAAUAUAUGUGAUUAAUUUUCAUCUGGA